CCUAAGUAGCUUAAAGUUGCAGCAGUGUUUUUUUCUGCUGCAGACGCCCAUUUGUCUUUGCCUUCUCUCUCUCUCUCUCUCUCCCUUCCUCAUCUCUCUAUCUCUCUGUUCUGCUCUGCUCUGCACUUUCUCUCUCCUAGGGUUUCUGUUCGUCGGAGCAGUGGAAGCUGCUAUUACUACCUCCCGGAGAAAAGCUCUCUUCUCGCUGCUCGAUGCCUGAUUCUAAGCCUUUCAGGUUCUCCUAAAUCAGCUGGGCGAAGAAGUGGUUUUGGCUCCUCUGAAGUUUUGAUCGGAGCUUAAGAGGGAAAAAUGUCGUCGAGAGGGAGGUCCGAUCAGUCACCGCAGCCGCAGAGGCGGAUCCAGCGGACGCAAACCGCCGGGAACCUUGGGGAAUCCAUCUUCGACAGUGAGGUCGUGCCGUCGUCGCUCGUCGAGAUUGCGCCGAUUCUCCGUGUUGCCAAUGAGGUCGAGUCGAGCAACCCCAGGGUCGCUUAUCUCUGUCGAUUUUAUGCCUUUGAGAAAGCUCACAGAUUGGAUCCUACAUCAAGUGGGCGUGGUGUACGGCAAUUUAAAACUGCCCUCCUUCAACGUCUUGAAAGGGAAAAUGAUCCGACCCUAAUGGGUAGGGUGAAAAAAAGUGAUGCACGUGAAAUGCAGGUUUUUUAUCAGCACUACUACAAAAAAUAUAUCCAAGCUUUGCAAAAUGCUGCAGAUAAAGCUGACCGUGCACAGCUUACCAAGGCUUACCAGACUGCUAAUGUUCUCUUUGAAGUCUUAAAGGCUGUUAAUAUGACUCAAUCUAUGGAAGUUGAUCGUGAGAUUUUGGAAGCCCAAGAUAAAGUUGCAGAGAAGACGCAGAUUUUGGUACCCUACAAUAUUCUUCCUUUAGAUCCUGAUAGUGCAAACCAGGCAAUUAUGAAAUAUCCAGAGAUUCAAGCUGCAGUUGUUGCUCUUCGUAACACCAGGGGUCUUCCCUGGACCAAGGAAUAUAAUAAGAGAAAAGAGGAAGACAUUCUGGAUUGGCUUCAGGCAAUGUUUGGGUUUCAGAAGGAUAAUGUUGCAAACCAAAGAGAGCACCUGAUUUUAUUACUUGCAAAUGUGCACAUACGGCAGUUUCCAAAGCCUGAUCAGCAACCCAAGUUGGAUGAUCGUGCUUUGACGGAAGUGAUGAAGAAGCUUUUCAAGAACUAUAAAAAAUGGUGCAAGUACUUGGGUCGGAAAAGUAGCCUUUGGCUACCAACCAUACAGCAGGAAGUUCAACAGCGCAAACUUCUAUACAUGGGCCUGUAUCUUUUAAUAUGGGGAGAGGCUGCAAAUUUAAGAUUCAUGCCUGAAUGCCUUUGUUAUAUAUAUCAUCAUAUGGCAUUUGAAUUGUAUGGUAUGCUAGCCGGGAAUGUCAGUCCCAUGACAGGUGAAAAUGUGAAGCCAGCCUAUGGAGGUGAAGAGGAGGCUUUCUUGAAAAAAGUUGUUACUCCCAUCUAUGAAGUGAUUGCAAAGGAAGCUGAAAGAAGUAAAAAAGGAAGAUCAAAACAUUCACAAUGGAGGAAUUACGAUGAUUUAAACGAAUAUUUCUGGUCAGUUGAUUGUUUCCGGUUAGGUUGGCCAAUGCGUGCAGAUGCUGAUUUCUUUUGCUUGCCCCUCGAACAACUUCGUCGUGAAAGAAGUGGGGAUGGAAAGCCACUUAGCAGAGAUCGUUGGGUCGGAAAAGCUAACUUUGUUGAGAUACGGUCAUUUUGGCAUGUUUUUAGAAGCUUUGAUCGUUUGUGGGGUUUUUUUAUUCUAUGUUUACAGGCCAUGAUUAUCAUCGCUUGGAAUGGUUCUGGGACACCUGGUUCUAUCUUCACUGACGAUGUUUUCAAGAAAGUAUUGAGUGUGUUCAUAACUGCUGCAAUAUUGAAGCUUGGGCAAGCUGUCCUUGAUGUAAUUCUUAGUUGGAAAGCCCAAUGGAGUAUGUCAUUUCAUGUGAAAUUACGAUACAUUUUGAAGGUUGUUUCAGCUGCUGCUUGGGUGAUAAUCCUACCGGUUACUUAUGCUUAUUCUUGGAAGAAUCCUCCUGGAUUUGCUCAUAUUAUCAAAGGCUGGUUUGGGAACAGCUCCAAUUCGCCUUCCUUGUUUAUUCUGGCUGUUGUCAUCUACUUGUCUCCAAAUAUGGUGGCUGCAGUGUUGUUUCUUUUUCCAUUCAUUCGUCGUUUCCUUGAGAGAUCGAACUAUAGGAUCGUAAUGCUAAUGAUGUGGUGGUCACAGCCUCGCCUUUACGUCGGCAGGGGAAUGCAUGAGAGUACAAUGUCCCUUUUUAAGUAUACUAUGUUUUGGGUUCUCCUUUUAAUCACGAAGUUGGCUUUCAGCUACUAUAUUGAGAUAAAGCCUCUAAUCGGUCCAACUAAAGCAAUCAUGGAAGCACAUGUUACGACUUUUCAAUGGCAUGAGUUCUUUCCUCGUGCAAAAAACAAUAUUGGUGUUGUAAUUGCACUUUGGGCUCCGAUUAUUCUUGUCUAUUUUAUGGAUACCCAGAUUUGGUAUGCAAUAUUCUCCACAUUAUUUGGGGGUAUCUAUGGAGCAUUUCGACGCCUCGGAGAGAUUCGAACAUUGGGAAUGUUAAGAUCUCGGUUCGAGUCUCUUCCAGGUGCGUUUAAUUCUCGUUUGGUUCCUGAGGAAAAGAAUGAGCCAAAGAAGAAAGGGCUGAGGGCAACCUUCUCUCGUAACUUUGACGAGAUCCCAUCCAACAAAGAGAAGGGAGCAGCAAGGUUUGCUCAGCUAUGGAACAAAAUCAUCAGUAGUUUUAGAGAAGAAGAUCUCAUAAGCAUUAGGGAAAUGGACCUUUUGCUUGUUCCUUACUGGGCAGAUCGUGAUUUGGAUCUUAUACAAUGGCCUCCGUUUUUACUUGCUAGCAAGAUCCCUAUAGCAUUAGACAUGGCCAAGGACAGCAACGGAAAGGAUAAAGAGCUAAAAAAGAGAAUUGAGGCUGACAGUUACAUGUCUUGUGCUGUUCGUGAAUGUUAUGCUUCAUUUAGGAACAUUAUUAAGUGCCUGGUUCAAGGUGAACGUGAAAAAGAGGUUGUAGAAUACACAUUCUCUGAGGUUGAAAAGCACAUAGAAAGUGGCGAUCUACUUGUUGAGUUCAAGAUGAGUGCUCUUCCUAAUCUCUAUGAGCACUUUGUUAAGCUUAUCAAGCUCUUGUUAGAGAACAAGCAGGAGGACAGCAAUCAAGUUGUGCUUACUUUCCAGGACAUGUUGGAAACUGUGACUAGAGACAUAAUGAUGGAGGAUCAUAUAUCGAGUUUGAUGGAUUCAAGCCACGCUGGAUCUGGGCUUGAGGGGAUGAUUCCACUUGAUCAACAAUAUCAGUUAUUUGCAUCUGCUGGAGCUAUCAAUUUUCCUAUCAAGCCACUAACAGAAGCAUGGAAAGAGAAGAUAAAACGACUUUAUCUGUUGCUUACCACAAAGGAAUCUGCCAUGGACGUGCCAUCCAAUUUAGAGGCUAGAAGGAGAAUUUCUUUUUUCUCAAACUCGUUGUUUAUGGACAUGCCUGAUGCCCCAAAAGUUCGCAAUAUGCUUUCUUUCUCUGUUUUGACUCCUUACUACACAGAGGAGGUUCUUUUCUCCUUGCGUGAUUUGGAAGAACCAAAUGAGGAUGGUGUCUCAAUAUUGUUCUACCUGCAAAAGAUUUUUCCAGAUGAAUGGGAAAACUUCCUUCAGCGAGUGAAUUGCAGUAAUGAGGAGGAACUAAAAAAAUCUGAUGAAUUGGAAGAAGAACUACGUCUUUGGGCCUCAUAUAGAGGCCAGACUUUGACUAGAACUGUAAGGGGUAUGAUGUACUAUCGGAAAGCAUUGGAGCUUCAGGCUUUUCUUGAUAUGGCUAGAGACGAGGAUUUGAUGGAGGGCUACAAGGCUGUGGAAUUGAAUUCAGAGGAUCAACAGAAAGGGGAAAGAUCACUUUGGGCACAAUGCCAAGCAGUAGCUGAUAUGAAAUUCACAUAUGUCGUAUCUUGCCAACUUUAUGGUAUUCACAAGCGAUCUGGUGAUCCUCGUGCACUGGACACCUUGAAGCUCAUGACAACAUAUCCAUCACUUCGUGUGGCGUAUAUUGAUGAGGUUGAGCAAACAAGCAUAGACAGAUCAAGUACAAGAAACAACCCGAAACUUUAUUAUUCAACUCUGGUCAAGGCUUUGCCAACAAAAUCCAUUGAUUCUCAGGAACCGUUUCAAAAUCUGGACCAGAUUAUCUAUAGAAUAAGGCUUCCAGGACCUGCCAUUUUGGGCGAGGGAAAGCCAGAAAACCAGAACCAUGCCAUUAUUUUCACACGUGGGGAGGGUUUGCAGACAAUAGAUAUGAACCAGGAUAAUUACAUGGAAGAAGCCUUAAAGAUGAGAAACUUGCUGCAAGAAUUUCUAAAGAAGCAUGGUGUGAGAAAUCCUUCGAUUCUUGGACUGAGGGAGCAUAUAUUUACUGGAAGUGUUUCUUCUCUAGCUUGGUUCAUGUCAAAUCAAGAGACUAGUUUUGUGACUAUUGGACAGAGAUUGUUGGCCAACCCACUGAAGGUUCGCUUCCACUAUGGUCAUCCCGAUGUGUUUGAUAGGCUCUUUCACCUUACUAGAGGAGGCGUCAGCAAAGCGUCCAAGGUUAUCAAUCUGAGUGAAGACAUAUUUGCUGGAUUCAAUUCUACAUUGCGUGAAGGCAAUGUAACUCAUCACGAGUACAUACAAGUUGGGAAGGGGAGAGAUGUGGGCCUCAACCAGAUUUCUAUGUUUGAGGCGAAAAUAGCCAACGGAAAUGGAGAGCAGACAAUGAGUCGAGAUAUAUAUCGUCUUGGACAUCGUUUUGAUUUUUUCCGGAUGUUGUCAUGUUAUUUCACCACAAUUGGUUUCUACUUUAGUAAUUUGAUAACCGUGCUUACUGUAUAUGUGUUUCUAUAUGGUCGCCUUUAUCUCGUUCUUAGUGGACUUGAAGAAGGUUUAAGUACUCAAAAAGGUAUACGGGAUAAUCAGUCUCUUCAAGUCGCUCUCGUUUCUCAAUCUUUUGUCCAGAUAGGAUUUUUGAUGGCCCUGCCUAUGUUGAUGGAAAUUGGCCUGGAAAGGGGUUUCCGGACAGCACUGAGCGAAUUCAUACUGAUGCAAUUGCAACUAGCCCCAGUGUUUUUCACAUUCUCACUUGGAACAAAAACCCACUAUUAUGGAAGGACGUUACUUCAUGGAGGUGCAAAAUAUAGGCCCACAGGUCGAGGUUUUGUUGUGUUCCAUGCCAAAUUUGCUGAUAACUAUAGGCUUUACUCGCGCAGCCACUUUGUGAAGGGCCUUGAGCUCAUGAUCUUAUUGAUUGUAUACCAAAUUUUUGGCCAACCUUAUAGAAGUGCUGUUGCCUAUGUUUUGAUCACUAUAUCCAUGUGGUUUAUGGUUGGCACCUGGCUUUUCGCACCUUUCCUUUUCAAUCCUUCGGGUUUUGAGUGGCAAAAGAUUGUUGAUGAUUGGACUGAUUGGAACAAGUGGAUAAGCAAUCGAGGGGGUAUUGGUGUUCCUCCUGAAAAGAGUUGGGAAUCAUGGUGGGAAGAGGAACAAGAGCAUCUCCGUCAUUCUGGGAAGCGUGGUAUAAUAGUUGAGAUAUUGUUGGCUAUUCGAUUCUUUAUUUAUCAGUAUGGGCUUGUAUAUCACUUGACCAUUUCAAGGAAGACCAAAAGUUUUCUGGUUUAUGGCAUCUCGUGGCUGGUCAUUUUUGUAAUAUUGUUUGUGAUGAAGACCGUGUCAGUUGGGAGGCGAAAAUUCAGUGCAAAUUUCCAACUCAUGUUCCGGCUGAUCAAGGGAUUGAUAUUCUUAACUUUUGUGUCCAUUCUGGUCACUUUGAUCGCCCUUCCACACAUGACAGUGCAGGACAUUAUUGUGUGUAUUCUUGCUUUCAUGCCGACUGGCUGGGGAAUUCUUUUGAUUGCACAAGCCUUGAAGCCUGUUGUCCAUAGAGCUGGGUUCUGGGGAUCUAUUCGGACACUUGCUAGAGGCUACGAGAUUGUGAUGGGUUUGCUUCUCUUUACUCCAGUUGCAUUCUUGGCUUGGUUCCCAUUUGUGUCGGAAUUCCAGACCCGUAUGCUCUUCAACCAAGCGUUUAGCAGAGGUUUGCAGAUUUCUCGUAUUCUUGGCGGGCAAAGGAAAGAUCGAUCGUCCCGAAACAAAGAGUGAGCCAACUUACCGACAAGCAAGAACACACAAAAGAAAACUGUUUAUUGUUAUUGAAAUGUUCAUAUCUAAUGUAAAUUAUGAACUUUGAGGUUGGGGCUGCAAUUUUGUUAAUUCCGUCUGGUGAUUGACGAGCGCCCCCACCAUCUUUUCUAAUUCAAACGAUUGGAGGGAUUUUAUUCA